AACUAUAAAGUUGCAUCCAUAAACUUUUAAUCUAAUUUUACUUUCAAAAGUUUUUCAAUAAAUUUUACAUCUCAUUAUAUUAUAAUCAAAACGUUUUCAAUACAUUGUAUUAUGCGAAGAAUAGGGCGAUAUAAAUGAAUUUUAAGACAUUUUUCCACACACGUGGAGUUUAACUAGUAAAUACACACUCAGAAUACUUCAGCGCCAUGGAAAAUAUUAAAUUAAAAAUGGGUUUUGACGACCUAAUACCAGAGUUAGGAGGAGACGGAAGAUAUCAAGCGCUUGCCGUAAUAUCAUUCUUAUUGUUCUAUGCUGCAACUGCAUGGCAGUACAAUAUUACAGUAUUCAUCGCCGCUCAUAUGCAACAUUGGUGUCAUGUGCCAGAGUUAGCCCAUCUCAACCACACAACAUUUAUGCACAUAGCUGUUCCCCUCGAGGAAAAUCAGUUCGGAGAAGCCAUGUACAGUCAAUGCAGGGUCUAUGAUCUCAACUACUCCAGCGUCACAGCGGAAGGUGUGACUAACUGGAUCCCUAAUGGCAACACCAGUACAAGGAAAUGCAACGGAUAUGUCUACGAUACUAGCAGGUUCACGUCAACACUUGUAAGCCAGUAUGAUUUGGUAUGCGACCGGAAAUGGCUGUAUACCUUGGCAGCGUCGGCAUUCAUGGCGGGACUGUUCUGCGGUGCGUUCUGUUCCGGAGCUUUGGCAGAUAGAUUUGGGCGGCAACGAACUUGUUUUAUAAUGUUCGCUCUUCACUUUUUGACGACCAUGGGAGCAGCUGUGGUCCCCGACUAUGCAGCGUUCCUCGUUCUUCGUGGGCUUGUUGGGGCAUCAGGAUUGGGCGCAUAUACGACGCUUUAUGCCUACAAUCUCGAGGCCAUGUCCAAGGAGGCCAGGUCCAAGGCAUUUUAUAUUAUUAUGAUGGGGCGCUUGGCAAAAGGUGGUUUAGUGUUUCUAGCUUAUUUCAUACGAAACCAUAUACAUCUUCAGAUCGCUGCCUCUGUAUGUCUACUACCAGGAUUGAUAGUGGUAUUUUUCCUACCCGAGUCCCCGCGCUGGCUGAUGGCAACUGGGCGUUGGAACGAGGCAGAAGCCGUGUGUAAGAAGAUCGCUCGUAUCAACCGUGUAAAACUUUCCGAAGACUUUAACUUGGAUAAAUAUAGAGAAGCAUACUACGAAAACAAAACAUGUGAGGAAAACGAAGACAAUGGCAAGACGAAUGCAACAAUACUGGAUUUAUUCAGAACCCCACGUCUCAGGAAACGAACAAUUUUAACAUAUUGUAUGUGGUUUACAAUGAUUUUCCUUGCCUUUGGAAUUGACCUCAAUGUUGAGAAAAUCAUCCCUGGUGAUGUGUAUUUGAAUAUGCUCUCAAUGACGUGUUUGAAUGAGCUCGGAGGCUUCGUGACAGGAUACAUUGCCAUAUUCAAAAUGAAGCGAAGGAUUGUUGUGACUACUUGGUUUAUAAUUGCUGGUGUAUGUGUAAUUGCCAUGGCUCCAUUGAUGUUACUAGGUAUCCCAGGUAUAAUUACUGCCCUGGGUCUGAUAGGUGCUAUGCUGGUGACCAACUUAUGGUGUCUAGUGUACCUUUUCUCGGGAGAACUGUUUCCGACAGUGGCACGGAGUGUUGGCAUGGGUAGUGGUUCUAGUUUAUCUAGACUAGGUGGCCUUAUCACACCACAGCUUCCGCUACUGGGUGAUAUUUGGUAUGGACUACCCUACAUAGUACUAGGAGUUGUAGCAAUUCUAGGUGGAAUCCUUGUGCUUUGCCUUCCCGAGACGAAGAACCGGAGACUACCAGAUACCCUUCAAGAGGCAGAAAUAUUUGGAACAGCUAAGUAUGAUCAGGACUAUGCCAUGGACACAGCGACAUCUAUUCAAGCUCCACUAAAGGAGGACGGGGCACAAGAAGAAAAUGAGUCAAUGCUGUAA